CUGCCAUUCCUAUUCAAACCUGCGGUCUUUCGUUAACUUCACAGGCGAUUUCCCUCACCACCACAGCCUAGAAUGGCAUCGAACGGAUUCCGGCCACUGGACGAGAAGUCUUUAGUGGAAUACAUAAAGGCCACACCUUCUCUCUCUUCAAAGCUGGGCAACAACCUCGAAGGCCUGCAAAUCAAAGAAGUGGGUGACGGAAAUCUCAACUUCGUCUUCAUAGUCAUCGGUCCCUCCGGUUCUGUUGUCAUCAAACAGGCUCUUCCUUACAUACGCUGUAUUGGGGAAUCAUGGCCAAUGACGAAGGAGCGUGCUUAUUUUGAAGCAUCAACACUAAAAGAACAUGGGCAUUUGUGCCCUGAUCAUGUUCCUGAAGUCUACCAUUUUGACCGAACUAUGUGUUUGAUUGGCAUGCGUUACAUUGAGCCUCCUCAUAUAAUCUUGCGAAAAGGGCUGAUUGCUGGAAUUGAGUACCCAUUCCUUGCGGAGCACAUAUCAGAAUAUAUGGCUAGGACUCUUUUCUACACAUCCCUUCUUUAUCGUUCCACUACAGAGCACAAACGGGCAGUUGCUGAAUAUUGUGGAAACGUGGAGUUGUGCAGGCUUACUGAGCAGGUUGUAUUUUCUGAUCCAUAUAAAGUGUCUCAAUACAACCACUGGACUUCUCCUUACCUCGACAGUGAUGCAGAGGCAGUUCGUACGGAUAACAUAUUAAAGCUUGAAGUUGCAGGAUUGAAGUCCAUGUUUUGUGAGAGAGCCCAAGCUCUUGUACAUGGUGAUCUCCAUACCGGUUCUGUCAUGGUUACACAUGAUUCAACUCAGGUCAUAGAUCCAGAAUUUGGUUUCUAUGGGCCGAUGGGAUUUGAUGUUGGAGCCUUUUUAGGAAACUUGAUAUUGGCUUACUUUGCACAAGAUGGACAUGCUGAUCAGGGGAAUGACCGAAAAGUGUAUAAAGAGUGGAUAUUGAAGACAAUAGUGGAGACUUGGAAUCUCUUUCACAAAAAAUUUAUUGUUCUGUGGGAUGAGCACAGGGAUGGCUCUGGUGAGGCAUAUCUUCCUGAUAUUUAUAACAAUCCAGAGCUUCAGCUGCUUGUAAAACAGAAAUACAUGAAAGAUCUGUUCCAUGACACUCUUGGAUUUGGUGCAGCCAAAAUGAUAAGGAGAAUUGUUGGGGUAGCUCAUGUUGAGGAUUUUGAAGCAAUCACCGAUGCAGCCAAACGAGCAGAUUGUGAGCGGCAGGCUCUUAGCUUUGCUAAAAUGCUUCUGAAGGAAAGGAGAAAAUUUGAGGCCAUUACUGAUGUUAUUUCUUCCAUCCAGCACCUCCAUUCAUGAUAAGGGCCGCUGUCAUGGUUAAGACAUGAGUUAUAUUGGAUGAUUUGACUAUUGCUCAAAGAGUUUCAGAUAACUUGAUGGUUGAUAUUGACUUUGACUAGGUAUGUUGCUUAUUGUUAUCUUGAAAUCUGCUAGGAUUUAAAUCUCAUCGUGCGGUUGUAUUGGAAUUUUCCAAAUCGUUCACCCUACGUUUUCUCUUUUUUCCAAUGUAUGGUUACAACUGCUCUCAGAUAAGUACGGAAAAUAAUCGGGGCAUGAUUUGUAACCCAACUUGAAUUCAAUAAUACAUGAAUGUCAAAAUGACCAAAUAUAGAAAAAAUACUAAAUAGUUUGGAUUAUUGUCGAUUUUAGCACGACAAACUCAUUUAAUUAACUGGUAUUGCACGAAGAACUUGUUCUUUUUUUUUUUUUUU